AUGCCGGCCACCAACCAGGGCUGGCCCGAGGACUUCGGCUUCCGGCUGGGCGGCUCGGGUCCUUGCUUCGUCCUGGAGGUGGCCGAGGGGAGCAGCGCGCACGCCGGGGGUCUGCGGCCCGGGGAUCAGAUCCUGGAGGUGGAAGGGCUGGCCGUGGGCGGCCUGAGCCGCGAGCGCCUCGUGCGCCUGGCCCGGCGCUGCCCGCGUGUGCCGCCCAGCCUGGGCGUCUUCCCUGGCCCUGUCGGCGGCCCCGACACGGGAUCCGAUCCCGCGCCCCUGACCACAGCCUUGCGGCCCCCACGCUCCGGCCGCGGCCUCUCUCUGGGCCGCGAGCUGCUGCGCCUGGCGGGCCGCAAGCACCCCGACGCCGUGCACCGAGAGCGCAGGCGCAGGGCCCAGGAGUUCAGCCGCAAGGUGGACGAAGUCUUGCGGGACCAGCCAUCAGCCAAGGAUCAAGUGUGCGCUGCACUGAAGCAGUUUGCAGCCGAGCAGCGGGUGGACAACCUGGUGUGGGCGCUCACCCUGGUGCUGCCCCUUGAGGCCCGUGGGCCACUCCUGGAGAAUCUCAGGAUCUUCAUCCCCAAGAAGCACCGGGCGCGCUUCGACGAGGUGGUGUCGCAGGGCCUCCUGGGCAAGCUGUGCCGCGCCCGGCGGGCGCAGGGCGCGCAGCGGCUGCGCCGGAGCCGUAGCGAGGAGCGGCCGGAGCGCCUCCUGGUGUCCACGCGCGCCAGCGCCGCCCCGCGCCGCCCCGACGAACCGCCCCCGCGCAAGGCAGCCUCUCUGCUGGGCGGCCGCGCCGGCCCCGGGGGCGCGCGCAGGACCGUCCGAGUCUACAAGGGCAACAAGAGCUUCGGCUUCACGCUGCGCGGCCACGGGCCUGUCUGGAUCGAGUCUGUCCUGCCUGGGAGCCCGGCUGACAAUGCUUCCCUCAAGUCUGGUGACCGGAUCCUCUUUCUCAACGGACUGGACAUGAGGAACUGCUCCCACGACAAGGUGGUGUCCAUGCUGCAGGGCAGUGGUGCAAUGCCCACGCUGGUGGUGGAGGAGGGGCUCGUCCCGUUUGCCAGCGACUCUGACUCUAUGGAUUCCCCCAACCCAUCCUCGGCGCUCACCUCCCUGCAGUGGGUGGCGGAGAUCCUGCCGUCCAGCAUCCGGGUGCAGGGGAGGACUUUCAGCCAACAGCUGGAGCACCUGCUCACGCCUCCGGAGCGCUAUGGGGUCUGCAGAGCCCUUGAGAGCUUCUUCCAGCACAGGAACAUCGACACCCUCAUCGUCGACGUCUACCCGGUGCUGGACACGCCCGCCAAGCAGGUCCUUUGGCAGUUCAUCUACCAGCUGUUGACUUAUGAGGAGCAGGAGCUCUGCCAGGAGAAAAUCGCCUGCUUCUUGGCCAUGACCGAGCCCGAGCCCGCCCUGGACCUGGAGCCCGAGCUGGAGCCCGAGCCAGAGCCGGUGCCGGAGCCCCAGCCGCGGAGCUCGCUGAGGGCCUCCUCCAUGUCCCGCCGCAGCCUCCGGUCCCAGGGCCUGGAGGCCGGCCUCGGGUGUGGGCCCAGUGAGUGUCCGGAGAUGCCUCUUCCUCUGAUACCAGGCGAGCGCCAGGCGGGCGAUGGCACAUCCCUCCCCGAGACCCCCAACCCCAAGAUGAUGUCAGCAGUCUACGCAGAGCUUGAGUCCCGACUGAGCAGCAGCUUCAAAGGGAAGAUGGGGACCACCUCCAGAUCCCGUGCCUCCCCACCAGUGCCCAGCGCAGCCCGCACAGCAGGGCCCAGGACCCUGUCCAGCGACUCAUGGCCCGGUGAGCGGCUCCUGCCCUCUCCCUGCUACUACCCACUGUGCUCAGAGGGCCUGGCCUCCCCCAGCAGCUCCGAGUCCCACCCCUACGCCAGCCUGGACAGCAGCAGGGCGCCCUCCCCACAGCCAGGCUCCGGGCCCACCCACUCUGACAGCCCCCCCAGCCCAGACCCCGGCUGCCCACCCAGCCGCAGGAAGCUCUUCACCUUCUCCCGUCCGGCACGAAGCCGGGAUACUGACCGCUUCCUGGAUGCGCUGAGUGAGCAGCUGGGCCCCAGGGUCACCAUCGUGGAUGACUUCCUGAGCCCUGAGAAUGACUAUGAAGAGAUGAGCUUCCAUGACGACCAGGGCAGCUUUGUCACCAAUGAGAGGAGCAGCGCCAGCGAGUGCAUCAGCAGCAGUGAGGAGGGCAGCUCCCUGACCUACUCCUCCAUCUCUGACCACAUCCCCCCACCCCCGCUCAGCCCCCCCCCACCGCCACCCCUGCCCUUCCACGACCCCAAGCCCAGCUCCCGCACCCCUGAUGGUCCCCGGGGCCCCACUCAGACGCUGGGCAAGCCUCUCGCCCAGCUCAGCCACCCAGUCCCGCCACCACCCCCACCGCCCCUGCCCCCACCUGUCCCCUGUGCACCCCCCAUGCUGUCCCGGGGUCUGGGCCACCGCCGCAGUGAGACCAGCCACAUGAGCGUCAAGCGCCUGCGGUGGGAGCAGGUGGAGAACUCAGAAGGCACCAUCUGGGGACAGCUCGGGGAAGACUCUGACUAUGACAAGCUGAGCGACAUGGUGAAAUACCUUGACCUGGAGCUCCACUUUGGCACCCAGAAACCUGCUAAGCCGGUACCCGGGCCUGAGCCCUUCAGGAAGAAGGAGGUGGUGGAGAUCCUGUCCCACAAGAAGGCCUACAACACCUCCAUCCUGCUGGCGCACCUGAAGCUGAGCCCGGCGGAGCUGCGGCAGGUGCUCAUGAGCAUGGAGCCCCGGCGCCUGGAGCCCGCGCACCUGGCGCAACUGCUGCUCUUCGCGCCCGAUGCCGACGAGGAGCAGCGCUACCAGGCCUUCCUCGAGGCGCCCGGCCGCCUCAGCGAGCCCGACCAGUUCGUCCUGCAGAUGCUGUCAGUUCCUGAAUACAAGACCCGCCUGCGCAGCCUCCACUUCCAGGCCACCCUUCAGGAGAAGACAGAAGAGAUCCGAGGCAGCCUGGAGUGCUUGCGCCAGGCCUCCCUUGAGCUCAAGAACAGCCGGAAGCUCGCCAAGAUCCUGGAGUUUGUGUUGGCCAUGGGCAACUAUCUCAACGAUGGACAGCCCAAAACCAACAAGACCACAGGCUUCAAAAUCAACUUCCUGACGGAGCUAAACUCCACCAAGACGGUGGACGGGAAGUCCACCUUCCUGCACAUCCUUGCCAAAUCGCUGAGCCAGCACUUCCCUGAACUCCUGGGCUUUGCUCAGGACCUGCCCACCGUGCCCCUGGCUGCCAAAGUGAACCAACGAGCCCUGACCAGUGACCUGGCUGACCUCCAUGGCACCAUCAGUGAGAUACAGGCUGCCUGCCAGAGCAUGUCCCCCUCGAGUGAGGACAAGUUUGCCGUGGUCAUGUCGUCCUUCCUGGAGACAGCCCAGCCAGUGCUGCGGGCCCUGGACGGGCUGCAGCGCGAGGCCAUGGAGGAACUGGGCAAGGCGCUGGCCUUCUUCGGUGAAGAUUCCAGAGCCACCACUUCUGAGGCUUUUUUCGGCAUCUUUUCGGAGUUCAUGAGCAAGUUCGAGCGGGCGCUCAGCGACCUGCAGGCUGGGGAGGGCACGCGCAGCUCUGGGAUGGUUUCGCCCCUGGCCUGGUGACGGUGGCGGCCUCGCUUCCUCUUCGGCCCGAGCGCGGAGACGGACGCCGGAGGCUGCGCGGGAGAGGGUGGCCGGGACGCCGCCUGCGUGGCCCGGAGCGGCCCGGGUGCGGGAGUGGGACCCAGUCACCCGCGCGACUCCAGCUACCUCAGUCGUCGAGCUCCGGCCGCCCGCGAAGGUGCGGGGCUCGGCCGGGGACCCCUUCUCAGGGCCGAGCCCCCGGCUCCGAGCGUUGGGGGCGCGGGGCGGGAGCCAGGGUGCCGACUCCCCGGGAAGAGUGGACCACCCACCGCCACGCCCUGCCGGCUUCCUGCUCCUUGCCCCCGCCUCCAAGGCAGGGCUGGCGGUGCGCGCCCUCAGGACAUCGGGGUCCCGGGGAGGGGGCGCUGCCACCAGCAGGUGGAUUGCAAUUGCGAAGUGGCCGCGGCAGUAGGGCAGCGUCUUGACUGGAGUGUGCCCAGCCCCAAGGAAGGAUGUCUGAACCUUUUCUGAACCGAGUGUGCAUAGGGGUUGCCCUCGGAGCACGGACCUCACAGACCUCGAACCCUGGAGGAAACAGAUGCCCCUGAACACACCACACCAGUGGGCACGAUAAGGCCUGGAGGUCCAUCACACAGCCAGGGUCUCCUGGGGCUGCUUGGAAGAAGGCAGGCCGGAAGGAAGAAGAGCCCCAAGUACGGGGCCUAGGGGUGUGUGCACCCGGCCUGGGUUUUGGAGGCUGGAAGAAACUUCAGUUGGCUGCAGCCCAGAGCCAAGGCAGGCUGGAGAGAAGCCGGGCAGAGAUGUAGGAAAGGAUUAGGAAGACCCUCUAUGUUAGACUAUAGAGUCGAGGUUUUUAUCCAGCAGACAAAUUUAAUCCAGUUUAGAAGGGGUCACUUGGAAGUGGGAGUCUGGGAGGGACAUGGGGACGUCAAGGUAUGGGGCAAAGAGAACAGGGAGGUGUACAGGUGACAAAUGGGAAGGAUUUGGUGGCUGAUUGCCAGGUUUCUCACCUGGGUGGGUGGCAAUGAUGUUCCCUGGAACAGGUCAUGUGAACAGAGCAGCCUCAGGGGCAGUAACACAACCUGGGACAUAUUUGGGAUCCCGGCGGCUGUUUUGUAUGUGUGUCUGGAGCCCCUGGUGAGGACUGGGUUAGAGGAGGGAGUUACCUGCAUACCUACAGGGAGCAGGGGGGUGCUGAGGGCAACUUGCCUUUCUUUGUUUCUUCCUUUCAAUUCUCCAGUUGGCAAAUUCUGGCAUCAGGCAGCAUCCUGUUACCUUCCCUUCCUGUUCUAUCAGAGAAGCCUGAAACGGGCUUUAGGUUUCGGCUUUUUCUCUCUCACUGUGAUUGAAUGGCUGGUGUUGCUCCUGGGUGGUUUGGGACCCAUGCAGUUCUCCCCAGUCUCCCACAGGCCCUUCUCUGAGGUCAUGUAUGUUCUGUGUUCGUUCUCCACUCACAGCUACCAUAUAAAAGUGUCGAGUCCAAAGUGUGUGAUUCAGAUGGGAAAACAUACCCAGAUGUGGCUGGUUGUGGGCAUUUUUCUCCAGUAGCUCAAGCUGGAUAAUUUCCGUAAGUUCCCAAAACCUUUGUCUCUGAGAAACAUGUCAGAAGGUCAGUUAAAAUCCCCGUGUGAGAUCUGUAGAGAUUCUAGACUCCACCAGCCUAGGAACAGACAUGAGCCUCUAGCCCCAGGUGGCCCGAAUAGCAUUUUCUGCAAAUUAGAAGCACACGCCCUCUCCAGGUGGCACCAGCCCCGGGCCAGGGGACGCAGGUUGGCAAGCCAUUCACUAGCUGGGAUUUCUCCCUAUCAUGUCUUGUAAACAUUUCCUAUUUGCCACACAAUGCUGUGUCACCAACUGUCCCCAAACUCAGUGACUUCAAAUGGCAGCCACUACUGCUCUUGAGUCUGUUGGUCACCUGGGCAGUUCUGCUCUGAGCUGGGCUCACUUGUAUGUCUCUAGUCAUCUGUGGGUCAGUUGGGCGGCUUUGCUCAUAAUGCAGGGCUCUCUCCACAUCUGGGGCCUUGGCUGGGGCAGUUGGGAUGGCUCCCUGUGGCUGCUCAUCCUCCAGCCAGGACAGUUCACACGGUGGCAGCAGGAGCCCAAGAGAACAAGCAAGGGCACAGAAGAUUCCUCAGAACUCUCACCCGAUUCCUUCUGCCACAUUCUAUUGUCAAAGCAAGUGACAAUGCCAGCCCCAAGUCUAGGGAAGGGGAAAUAGGCUGCCCUCCUGAUGAGAGAUGCUGGAAAACCACAUGGUGUGGAUUCAGGCUUAGCUAGGACCAUUUUUGCCAUCAGUCCACCACAUGCUUCCUUGGCCAGGCACCCUGGUACACAUCCCAGCCUCUAAAAUCCUCAGUGGCCCCAGUCCUCCCUGGACCCAGCACAGCUCUGGUCACCCAUCCUCACGUGUCCUUCAGGUGCCAUGUUUUUCAUUCUUACCUAGUCACCCACAAGUCACCCGACUCCUCUCUAGAUACACUCAGCACAGGAGGCAGCAGUGGUGUGUGCCUGUGCCUACCUAGCAGCCUCUUCUGCUGGAGGAAGCUCCCUGUUCUCCCUCUGGGAAAUCAUCCCUCCCCUGCUCUGCCUGCUUGGAGUGGUGCUGAUUGGAUAACUACCAUCUUGUGGCUCUGGCUGGGUGACUCAGAGUCAAUUCAAGACUCAAGUUAGAACUGUUCGGAGAAGGAGGCGCCUUUCUUCUGGAUCAAUCGUUGGGUGUAUAGAGGGUGGAAUCCUGCAGAGAGCUUUCAGGACCACCACGUGGAGGGCACCUGCCUGGGUGUAAAACCAAUGGGGAAGAAAAGAAGAGAGGACCACGCCAUCUCUUUGUCCCUGGAUCCAACUGUGCCUGAAGCAGACAUCCUGUCUUUUCAGUUUUGGAGCCAACAAAGUCCCCCCACCAUUCUUACAUUUAAAAAAUUUCUUCUCAUUUUUUGGCUUAGGCUGCUUUGAAUGGGUUUCUGUCACUUGCAGUACUAAGAGGCUUUACUAAUACACCCAUCAAGUGAUGGUUGUAGACAUUCAGUCUUUUCACAUUGUCACUGCGUUCUCUUCAUUCAUAAAUACAUUCGCCAAUAUUUUUUGACUGCCUACUAUGUGCCAGGCACAAUGCUGGGUGCAGAUAUCUUAUGGGUCAGUCUCUCUGUGCGUGGUUUCCUAGGGUUGUAUUUCAUGGUAGUUCUACACCCGAGUCAGUACAAAGCCCUUUAUGGGAGCCGAUAUGUGCACCAUCCCCCCGACCCCGACACCUCACCAAAUGACGAGGUGUGAGUACAAGCACUUUGCCCCAGGAAUGUAUUUCUCUCUCAAUUACACUAACAGAAUAACAUAGCCCAAUUACACACCGCCUUUCCUAGUAACACCAGUUAAUGUUUGCUAGGUAGUGUGCUCCAUGUUUUCACACAUUUCAUUUCAUGUUACUUUCACAGUGACCCCUUGGAGGUGGGUUUUUGUUAUCUCCUUUUUACAAAUAAAAAGUCUGAAACUCA